AUGGAGAAAACUCGAAAUCCCGGUGUUGAACCCGAGAGAGAGGCUUUGAAGACCAUCACCGCACCUUAUGGCGUUUUCUCGAACAGCGGUUCGACCCACACCUGUACCCGACGCCACCUGGACCAAUCCUUGUCCAUGCAGGAGCAAGUGCAGGUGCAACUCCCAAAAUCUGCACUGCAAGAGCUACCCGGUCGGCAAACCAAAGGCCCUUCUUGGGAAGAGAUAAUCGCAUCGAUUCGGUCAAUCCACUUUGCUCUCGUGCUAGUGGUCACUACGAUAUUCGUUCGAAUCCGCGACCUACGCCGCGCCACGCCAGGUCGGUUCAGGUACAAGGCUUUCUACCGGGCUGGGCCUAUUUGGGCCUGGUCGCUGAACCCAGCCCUGUUCUUACUCCCUUCUAUUCUCACUAGACUCGGCUGCUCUAGUCGCAGCUCUUGGGCUCACUGGCUUGCCGUUCUGGCGCUGUUGUCCUCGCUUUCUCCUUUUUACGAACGGGCUGGAAAACAAACGAUACAUCGACAGCCCCUCCUACUUCACUCCGACAAUUCAAACUGCGAACUGAUCGACUGCGUAUUCCCGUUGUUCCUCCCCACAUCGGAACCGGGCCUCGAGCCGACCCCGGGCAGGAGAAGAAGUCGGCCUUGUCCGGACUCUGUCGUCGCAAACCACAACGUCUCUUUGUAUCGGCUCGCUGCGGCGCUUGUCUCCUCUUUCCGGUCCGCCUCGACCUUCCCUCAGCUUCGCACGCUGUGCCAUAUCCUGUUGCUGGAACAAUCCAUAUCGAGCUCCCAUUUCCCCACAUGCCGAGCGCGAGGCGCUCUAUCAAUUACCAUCGCAACCUGCGAGGCCCAACUCAUCACGGUCUGCUUUACAAUGUCGGGUCUCAACUCUCCCGACUCCUUCCCGGCCACUCCGGACGAGCUGGCUGGCCCCUAUGAUGCCUUGAGCAGUCCAGAUACCCCGGGUUCCAUCGACUCGUCUGACGCAGGUACACCUACCGAGACGGCUGCCGACCACAAGAAGGUGCCAUCUCUGCGGCCCGUCUCCGAUCCUCCAAGCAUGAACCCCACGUCCACACCGCUCGGCAUAUUGAGCAAUGCCCGGCGCCCGCCUCCUGCCGCCGUCUCCAUGAUGGGAAACGGUCCCGUCAACGAUGUCAUGGCCAGGGCUCGCGCACUUCACGCCCAGCGCAUGGGCAGAUCUGCCGCCCCCACUGAGCAUCCUCCCAACCCUGCCAACACUCCUGUUUCGCCCGCAUCCUCUGGUUCGCCCGUCGGCGGCCUUCCCUCGAAUAUGCGACUGCCUGGUGGUGUCCCCCCUGGGCUCGCACGACCUGUCCCUGGCAAUAUGCCCCGCUCUGCUCCUUCCAUCCCGGCCAGUCUCUCCAGCAGGAGAAAGCCCAAGAUGAGUCUGUCCGACAUGGGUGGCGGUCCUGCACCUAGUGGCGACGGUGGGGACGGCUCCGCCGGCGGUGAGAACAAAGGGUCCAAGAUGAACGACUUCAAGAAGUACAUCGACUCGGAGAAGGGCUGGAUCACCUUCGGCGGCACUGCGACUAUUACCGGCUCCGGGGUCGACUUCGCCAGCGGGCAGACCUUCCGCAUAUCGCUUGACGAGGUGGAGGUUCUGGACGAGCUCGGGAAAGGAAACUAUGGCACCGUCUUUAAGGUUAAACACGCGAAACCGCGCAAGCCGCGCUUCGGAGCCGGGCUAACCGGUUUCAAGAGGCCUGCGGGCCUCCGUCAUUCCGCCACCGACCCAUUAACCAACCAGGGUGUGGGCGGCCAGGGCGCAAAGGAGGGUUCACCCAUCUACCCAAUCACUACGCGAGACAAUGGGUCCAGUGGCACCAUCAUGGCCAUGAAGGAGAUCAGGCUCGAGCUGGAAGAGACCAAGUUUACCACGAUCCUGCGGGAGCUCGUCAUCCUGCAUCAGUGCGUUUCACCCUAUAUCAUUGACUUUUACGGUGCCUUCUUCCAAGAGGGCGCCGUAUACAUGUGCAUCGAGUACAUGGACGGCGGCUCCAUCGACAAGCUCUACGCCGGCGGUGUUCCCGAAAAUGUCCUCAAGAAGAUCUCCCACUCAACGAUUCUGGGCCUCAAGUCGCUCAAGGAUGACCACAGCAUCAUUCAUCGCGACGUCAAGCCUACCAACAUCCUUGUCAACACGCGUGGUCAGAUCAAGAUUUGUGAUUUCGGCGUCAGCGGCAACCUUGUGGCCAGCAUGGCCAAGACAAACAUUGGCUGCCAAAGCUACAUGGCUCCGGAGCGGAUAUCUGGGGGUGGCAUGGCGGCCGGUGCGGACGGCACCUAUAGCGUGCAGAGCGAUAUUUGGAGUUUGGGUCUGACCAUCAUCGAGUGCGCCAUGGGACGGUACCCCUAUCCGCCGGAGGUAUCGUCGACCAUUUUCAGCCAGUUAAGUGCCAUCGUCGAGGGCGACCCACCAGACCUUCCCGCAGACAACUACUCUGACAUGGCACGCGACUUCGUCACGCGGUGUCUGAACAAAGUGCCCAAGGAGCGCCCCACGUACGCCAUGCUCCUCCAGCACCCCUGGAUUGCUCAUCUGUCCAAGUUUGAGACAAUCACAGAAGAGGUGGAGGAAGGCGACGAAUCUGAUGCUGUCGCCGACGCGGUGGGUAAAAUGCAUCUCAAUCACGGGACAGAGGACGAGGAAGUAGCCGAUUGGGUCAAAAUGAUCCUUGAGCGCAAGGCGAAAGGCGUCUCCGAUGGUGCCCCGCAAAGGCCGGCAUUGCAUGCCGCACCGUUUGAUGUCAGUCCUGCGGCGGUUAGUCCAGCUGCGGCCAUGUAA